AUGCUGCUCCUCGUACUACUGACCAGCUUCCUCCGUCAAAGCUGGAACCUCGGCGUCGCUUUCUCACGUUUCUGGCUCUUCUUCGAGAACCUGACGGGCGGAAUCAAUUCCGUUAUCUGGUCUGAUAACGCAGACAUCAAGCUUUACGUCUACUGCGACAUCGUUACGCACGUGCAACUGCUUACUUCGGUUGUCAAAGCCAUGGCUACCCUGAUCAUCACCCGCCGACUCUACCUUAUCACUAGCCUGCGAUCCGUUGCACCUCAUAUCACGGCGGCGAAACGCCGAGCUUUCGCAGUACAGUGA